GGCUUGGUGGACUGCGCACCCUGACUUCACAGGAUCUGUCAACAAUCUGCUACGGUGGCCGGCAUCUGCAUCUGUUAUUCAACGAUGGUGAACUGAUAAGACUCAGGAGGAAGUAAGGUGACGCUUCCCGACUACCACGAUGAGUGCUAAACAAGUGCAACUUUUACAAGUCGAAGACAACAACUUUCAGCUCAACGUAGACGAGUUGGAAACCAUUCUCUUGGCUGACAACGUGAAAGAUCUGCCAGUCGUCGUCGUUUCGGUCGCAGGUGCGUACCGUCAGGGCAAAUCCUUUUUGCUCAACUUCUUCUUGCAAUACCUGAGGAACAAUGGUCGACCCAACUGGCUAAGGGACAUGACAAUCCCGUUUGAGGGCUUUGAGUGGAAACCUGGCUGUCACCGUCAUACCACGGGCAUCUUGCUCUGGAAGGAAGUAUUUCUGAUGACCAAAUCCAAUGGUGAAAAGGUGGCGGUUUUGUUAAUGGACACUCAAGGGACCUUUGAUUGCGAGUCAACGGUAAAAGAAAACACUACAAUUUUUUCCCUGAGCAUGUUAACGAGCUCCGUUCAGGUUUACAACCUAAUGAACAACAUCAAGGAGGAUGAUCUACAGCACCUGCAGUUCUUUGCUGAGUACAGCAGGCUGGCGCAAAAGGAGUCAGGAAAGACCUUUCAAAAGCUUCUAUUUCUGGUGCGAGACUGGCGGGCUGAACAAGACUACGAGUACGGUGCUAAAGGUGGACGCGAGCUACUGAAAAAACGCCUGGCGAUUAAGGAGGGGCAGGCAGAGGAGCUGAAGGAGCUGCGACAGAGAAUCAAGUCUUGCUUUUCGGAGAUUGGGUGCUUCCUUAUGCCUCCCCCUGGAGAUAAGGUGGCGAGCGGUAAAUCAUUCGAGGGCCGCCUUGACGACAUUAGUGAAGACUUCCGGGCAAAACUGGAAGAACUGAUACCUUCCAUACUGGCAUCUAAAAACCUACUGGUGAAGGAGAUCGAUGGAAGAAAAAUAUCUUGCCAGGAGCUGCUGACCUUAUUCAGGGCUUAUGCUGACGUGUUCCAAGGAAACGAAUUGCCCAAAGCUGAGUCGGUGCUGCAGGCGACUGUGGUAGCAACCAACGUUACUGCCGUGGACAAGGCUAGAAGAUUUUAUAUGGAUCAAAUGAAAUACAGGCCUCAAAGAAACCUGAGGAGAUUGGUUAAUUUUCAUAAGUGCCUGAUGGCAGCGACAAAGAAACGAUUCAAAGAUCAUCCACGGAUGGGCGGCGACAAAGUAUCAACCACCUACUUCGAAGACCUGACAGAGGAACUUGAAGAACAUUUCUGUCGCCUUUUCAAAGACGAGGAACAAGCCAUCAAAAAAGAGGAGGAAGAGGAAGCGGAAAGGCAGAGAGAAAGAGACGAGGAGCAUAGAAGAGAGGAGAAGAGAGAAAGCGAAAGAUGCGAGGAGCGUAAAAAAGAGGAGCAGAGGAAAAAAGAACGAGAAGAGGACCGUAAAAGAGAGGAGAAGAGAGAAAGAGAAAGAUGCGAGGAGCGUAAAAAAGAGGAGCAGAGGAAAAGGGAAAGAGAUGAUGACCGUAAACGAGAAGAGGAAAGGAAAAGAGAACGAGAAGCGGAGCGUAAAAGAGAGGAGCAGAGCGAAAGAGAAAUAAAGCAAGAGAGAGAAAGGGCAGCGAAAGCAGAAGCGGAACAAAAGAAAGAGAUGGAGGCCAUGAAGGCUAAAGCAGAAGAAAUGCAGAAACAGUUGCUGGAGCGUAAAACCAGCCGUGCCGAGCAAAUCAUCAAAGGCAUUUUUUCGAUACCUGGGAUAAUCGUGUCAUCUGUACUUUUUCCUCCGGCUGUUCGUCCGCUCGUGGAGGACAUGAUAGAUAACUUUGCAGGUUGAAGAUAGCCUGCUUUACGCAAAAGCAGCUCGGUCUCCGCUCGAAGAA